AUGGCAGCAGCAAAGCAUGAGUUGCCACCGAUUUGCACACACAAUAUGCUGGACCCGGCUGAUCCAGUGCUGUGCGCUCUUCGAAGAACGCAGCUGAUCAAUCAGCGCAGUGAUCGCGUUAAGGUUAUAUUCCAUCCUGAAUUCCUGUCUUCGGUCUCCCCCCUAAUCGGUCUUGACUAUGAGGAAUUUGUGCGUGGCUGUCAUAUGGGUGUGUUUCCCAGCUACUAUGAGCCUUGGGGUUACACUCCGGCCGAAUGUACUGUAAUGGGUGUACCCUCAGUUUCGACCAAUCUCUCCGGUUUCGGUUGUUUCAUUCAGGUAGAUUGUUUCUUUGUUAUAUAUAUAUAUAUAUAUAUAUAUAUAUAUAUAUAUAUAAGUGGAUUGCGGUGA